AACAGAUCACAGAAAUCGGGGUACAGAUCGCGGGAUUUGGGGUACAGAUCGCGGGACACGAGGACAGACCACGGGACUGGGGACAGGCUGACGCGAGGGGCUACGUCACCUGAGGACAAACAGGUGUCCCUGUGUCCCUGUGCCCAUGGCCCCAGGCAGUCCUGUAGAGAGGCCUCUCUUUCCCUGAGUGGCCAUGCGUGUCCCUGUCUCACAGAGAACCGCCGACUUGUGUACCAGCUGCCGCGGGGUCGGGCCAUGCCCGAUGGUCUGUGCGUGGACAGCGCAGGGACACUGUGGGUGGCCUGUAUCGAUGGCGGCAAGGUCAUUCAAGUAGACCCGCAGACAGGCUUCUGUCUGCGCACCCUGGACCUGCCGGUGUCCAGGGUCACUUCCUGCUGCUUCGGGGGGCCCGACUAUGCGGAACUGUACGUGACUUCGGCAGCCGAUGGGCUGAGCCCUGAGCAGCUUCAGCGGGAGCCCCAGGCGGGUCACGUGUUCAAGGUCUCGGGCCUCGGCAUUUGCGGCCGCCCGUGCUUUCCCUUCGUGGGCUGAGGUCUUAGGCACGUGCAACUGUGCCUCCCAGAAGGGUUCGGAAGGCGCCUGUUGCUCGCUCACCCCGUCCACUGCAACCUCAGUGUAACCUUCCGGAAUGGACACCUCCUCCCCUUCAUGACCUUAAAUGCUGCUGUAAUAAGGGAAACUGAGGCGCAGCUCAACCCGCCUCACACACACUUGCCCUGUUCCCUGAAGCUGGGACCCUAUGGUUGGCCAGCCGAGCUGCAGCCACGCAGACUGGAUGUCACAGUUGUGCCCGCGGCUGUGGGAUGUCCCCCUGCACCACCUGUCCAUCCCAGGGAGCCAUGACACCAUGACAUACUGCCUGAGCAGGAAGUCCCCAAUCUCCAGGUCAGAGUCUCGGCUGCUGCACCUACUGGGGCGGGUCGCGCCCUGCAUUAUGGGGCCCAUGGUGUUGAGAUGGUCAGUCACACAGACUCUGGACGUGAAGCAGCAGCUGGACGCAGGGGUGAGGUACCUGGAUCUGCGGAUUGCGCACAUGCAGGGCGGCUCUGAGAAGAAUCUGCACUUUGAACACAUGAUCUACACCACUGCGUUGGUGGAGGACACCCUCACAGAGAUCUCCGAGUGGCUGGAGUCGCACCCCCAUGAGGUCAUCAUCCUGGCCUGCAGAAACUUUGAGGGGAUGACAGGAGACUUGCAUGAGUACCUCAUAGACUGCAUUAAGAACAUCUUCGGGGACUCGCUGUGUCCGCGAGGGGACAUCCCCACGCUGCGGCAGCUGUGGGCACAUGACCAGCAGGUGAUUGUGUCCUAUGAAGAUGAGACCUGUGUGGGUCGCCACGCGGAGCUGUGGCCUGGGAUCCCUUACUGGUGGGGGAACCAGGUGAAGUCCCAGGCGCUGCUGCAGUACUUGGAGACCAUGAGGAGCUGCGGUCGCCCAGGUGGCCUGUUUGUGGCUGGCAUCAAUCUCACAGAAAACCUGCCCUAUGUCCUCUCACACCCAUCCGGGUCCCUGGAGAUGCUGACACGGCCCAACCUUCGGCUCCUCAUGGCAUGGGUGCGAGCACAGCAGCCAGGGCCCGGAUCAGGCUGCACCAACAUCAUCGCUGGGGACUUCGUGGGCUCCGACAGCUUUGUGGGUGAAGUCAUUGGGCUCAACCAGAAGCUGCUGUGUGCCCAUUGGCAUAGCUCCAUGGAUGACUCUCCUGUGGACAUGGAUAUGCAAACUGCUGGGAAACUCUGCAGCUGGUUGGCUGGUGCUCCCACUGCCCUGGACUGUGUUCCCUACUGGAGGCCAUGUGGCACCCUCACCUGACCCCAUGAUGUACCGUAAGCCCCUUCCUUGCUGGUC